AUGGUCAAAGUUAUCACAGAAGAUAUGCAUGAAGUGGUUUAUACAUAUGGACAGUGCAAUCAGCACUGGGAGAGGAAUGACAGGACUGGAAGCACACAGUCGAGACAUAACAAAUAUUAUCCGUACAUAAUCAUAGAACCACAGAUUUAUCUGUCUUGUCUGGUGACUGUAAGCCUGCCAGGCCACCUCUUGACCUUUCACAUCUAUCUUAUGUGGAACAAACUGACUACAUAUGAGUACAUCCUGCAGCAGCAUGCCCAUGAAGAAGCCAAAGAAGCAGACAAGCAGCUGGAUCCUUGUCUCUCUCGUCAGGAAGAGGACUUACUUUCAGCUAACCCUGGCCAUACAUACCCUGGUGUUCAGGUAGAGGACUUCUCAGCAGUCAAUUCAGAAAAAUGCUUUUCAAAGCUCUACGUCCACACCAAUGAAGCUGUUCCUGAACGCAGCUCCUCCCCUGACCUCCCAUAUCUUCACUUUGUGGCCUCUUUGCAGAUACAUAAAAAAAGGACAAAGAAGAUGCUAAGGACUUCUUUCUCAGUGAUGGAGAACAGAUCUAAACCACACACUGGAAACUGGGCUUCUUUUCCAGGUCCCCAGUCAGCUCACACAACUGAUGUCACCUCCUCCUCCCACAGCCCUCUCAGCCCUCUCCUCCUGGUGCUCACCAUUCUCCCAGCUGACUAUCAUGCUGAGUCCAUGGAUGAGAUUCCUGUGGCUCAGACUCACCUCGGCAACACAGCCCUUCACAGCCCUUAUAAGAACAGCUCAAGUUGUCCUCGGCGCUGUCCUGUGUCCACACCUAAUCCCAAAUAUUGCAAAGAGAAAAGUUUGCAUUCUGGACACAAGGUGAAAAGGAAAAGCUGCCAGCAAGACAGACAUGUGGAGCAAAAUCUGGAACUCGGAGAAGCUCAUGUCUGUCAGCCCCAGCCUGAUGGGAGCACAUCUGAGCCACAGCACAGAAAAUGCACCAGCAAACAGCAUCUGGGCAGGCAUGACCCAUGCUUAAAGGAUAUAAGGAAAAACACCACAAUGCCUGAGUGA